AUGCCUCACCAAGAGUCGGCCCCUGUGGCCAAGACCAACUCAGCCGACUUCAACAAGUUGUCGUCAAGCCUUCCCUUUGGCAAGCAGGUUUCUCUAUCAUCCAUCUCCGGACCGACCUAUGUGACCGCCCAGCUCCUUGUCCAGCAGAUCGCCUUCAAACUGUCCGACAAGAUCUUCUCAUACUCUCCCGAAACCUUCGACCUUGAUAUCGCACUCAAGGAAUGGGCCUCUAAGAACGAGAAGAACAUCCACGGAUAUUCCACAGAGGUUCUUCCCCUCCAGACCCGAAUCGGCGCCGGUGCUCUCGCUCUUGGCUACAUCUUCUCUCCCGACUUUGAUGUCACCAAGCGCCACAUCCCUCAGUCUUUGGUCGCACCUUCGGGUAGUCUCCAGCAACUGCGCGGAACUCUCGACCAGCUCUCUCUCCUCUACGGUGUCUCCAGCCCUUUCGUUGCCCAUGUCGCCGCUCUCGACUACUCUGAUAGCAAGGGCCUGGUUUCCAACUAUGACACUGCUCUUCGCCUUGCCGAAGACCUCGGCCUUGGUCUUGUUGCCAGCACCUCUACCUAUGAGGCCCAGCACAUGUCCAUCUUUGCCACUCUCUUGGCUACCCUCCUCCCUACUCUUCAUAUCUAUGAUGGUGUCCGCGUUGCUCGCGAGACUCUCCGUGUCGUCGAUGCCCUGAGUGAGAACGGUGUUGCCGACCUGUACACCAAGCUCUCCGCUGAGGCUGGUAAGCUCAACACUCGUCUUGACACCGCUGGAAAGGUUGUUGAGCUUCUCAAGCUUUUCAACGAUGAACUCGGUACCUUAUACGAGCCAUUCGAGUACCACGGCCAUGAGACUCCUGAUGUUGUCCUCGUUGCCUUUGGUAGCGUUGAGUCGCAAGUUGCCAAGGAGGUUCUAGCCAAGAUCUCUGCCGAUGGUGCCAAGGUCGGUGUGAUCAACGUACGAAUCUACCGCCCCUUUAUCGAGGAGGCUUUUAUCAAGGCCAUCCCUGCUUCUGCCCGCACUAUUGCUGUGCUCGGGCAAGUCAAGGACGAGCUCGCUGUCGAGGACGAGGCCACCCAGUCCGCUCUCUACAGCGAUGUCCUAACCGCUGUUACUUUCUCUGGGAAGUUUGACAGCGAGCCCGAGGUUCUUGACAUCAAGUACACCCCUGCCCAGACUUUCACUCCUCAGGGUCUGGUCAACACUCUGCACAAGAUCUUUGGUAACGAGGGUGAGGCCAAGAAGCUGCCUUCUCUCGUCCAGGCCCAGCAAUUCACUUUCUGGGACCUCGAUAACUCCUCUGCCCUCAACUCCCCUAGUGUGAUUGGCAACAUCCUUUCCAAGCAGUCUGCCUCCAACAUCUAUGUCAACGAGAUCUUUGACAACCUCACACAGGGUGGCAUCGUCCGCAGCGACCUACGAUCUUCCAAGAAGGCCCUUGAGGCUCCCUACGACAUCGACGAUGCCAACACCAUUGUUGUUGGCGAUGAGAAAAUUCUCCAGGAAAUCGAUGUUCUCAAGGGUCUGACUGAUGGUGGCAAGGUCAUCGUCAAGCUUUCCAACUUCAAGGAUGAUGAGGUUGAAAAGCGUCUCCCUGUUGCUUUCCGAAAGGGACUCCAGGAAAAGGCCGCUGAGCUCUUCAUCCUUGACUCUGCCUACUCUCCCGCUUUCGAGAAGGAUUCUCUUUUCUCGAAGCUCCUUGUGGAGCUGGCUUUCUUGAAGGUUGCUCUUCCCGACUACUCUCCUGAGGAGAUUGGAAAGCACAUCCUUGCUGAGGGCCACCCUCCCACUCUGGAGGAGUCUAUCGAUGCUGUCGGCCUCUGCCUUCGUCAGUUCGAGGUUCCCGCCACCUGGGCUGAGGUUGAUGCUGACUUUGCUAACCCCAACCUUCCCGCCACCAUCCACAGCAACAGCUUUGUCGUCCACGACAAGGAGGAAGGCGAGGAGACUUUCGAGCUCCGCGAUUGGCAGGCUGCCGCCAAGUCUCUUGCUUUCAAGGAGGCUUAUGGUACUAAGAACGUUCUGCGACCUGAGUUGUCUGUCAAGACCUCAACUAUCACUGUCAAGGAGAACCGUCGCCUCACCCCUCAGGACUAUGACCGUAACAUCUUCCACAUUGAGUUCGAUCUUGGUGACUCCGGUCUAACCUACAAGAUUGGUGAGGCUUUGGGCAUCCACGCCGAGAACGACGUGGAUGAGGUCAACCAGUUCAUCGAGUUCUACGGCCUCAACUCUGCUGAGCUGGUCCAGGUUCCUGCUCGUGAGGACUCGGCUUUGCUCGAGACCCGUACCGUCUUCCAAGCUCUCGUUCAAAACGUCGAUAUCCUUGGCAAGCCUCCCAAGCGCUUCUACGAGGCUCUUGCUGAGUUUGCCACUGAUGAGACCGAGAAGCAGAAGCUCGAGGCUCUCGCCAGCCCCACUGGUGCUGAGGACCUGAAGCGCCGCACUGAGGUCGACACUGCUACCUACGUCGACAUCCUUGAGGAGUUCAAGUCGGCUCGUCCUAGCUUCCAUGAGCUUGUCAAGAUUGUCAGCCCCGCCAAGCGCCGAGAGUACUCCAUUGCCUCUGCGCAGGCUGUUACUCCCAACUCGGUGGCUCUUAUGAUUGUCGUUGUCGACUGGGUUGACCCUCGUGGCCGUACCCGAUACGGACAUGCUACCCGUUACCUCAGCCGUCUGCCAGUUGGCGCCAAGGUCACCGCCUCGGUGAAGCCCUCGGUCAUGAAGCUCCCUACCAAGGAUACCGCGCCUCUCAUCAUGGCCGGUCUUGGAACGGGUCUCGCUCCUUUCCGUGCAUUUGUCCAAUACCGUGCUAUGCAGAAGGCUCAGGGCAAGGAGAUCGGCUCCAUUCUCCUGUACCUUGGAUCCCGUCACCAGCGUGAGGAGUACCUCUAUGGUGAGGAAUGGGAGGCGUACUUGGCCGCUGGCGUCGUUACUCUUAUCGGCUCUGCCUUCUCUCGUGACCAGCCUCAGAAGAUCUACAUCCAGGACCGUAUGCGCCAGACUCUCAAGGAUAUUGCCAAGGCCUACGUUCAGGAUGAGGGUAGCUUCUACCUGUGCGGUCCUACAUGGCCUGUGCCUGACGUGACCAAGGUUCUCGAGGAGGCUAUCGCCCACGAGGCCAAGGCCGCUGGCAAGAAGAUUGAUCCCCGCAAGGAGAUUGAGAAGCUCAAGGAGGAGGGACGAUAUGUCCUUGAAGUUUACUAG